GUCUGCGUGAAGCACCUGCCAGAGCUGCGGCAGAACUUGCGCACGGGCGCAACUCAGGGUCUGGAGAACAGGAUGCUGGAGAUUGCCAAUGAGAGUUUGAAGGAGGUCCUGACCUCGGAAGGCUCUGGACAACGGCCAACUUGGGUCAACACGUUGAAGAGUGCUCUUCAAAUGGUUGGCAAGGCCGAUGACGUGAAGCAGUUGCAGGAGUGGUGCACCGAGCAUGCCCACACACAGGCAUGGAAAGGUGUUGCGGAGCAGGCUUCCAUCAUUGCUGUGGGCGAGAUUUCCAAGGUGGACUUGAAGGGGCUGGGCAAAGUCUUCUCCGAGUGCCCUUCCAAGGAGAACCCAGAGAUGGAGGUAGUGGAUGAGCUCUGGCGGGCCAUGCCAAACAUCAUCCGCUACUUGAAGCUGAAG